CACCACUAGAUUAAGAGGUUUUAAGAUACUGUUCCGGCAUAGGUUUCCUCUAGGGUUCCAUAGACCCAGCAAGAAGCAUUCAAAGUGUGUUCUGUUUUCUUAGCUUAAUCAAUUCAUUUCUUAUCCCCCCUCGUGCCCAAAGCUUCUCCGAUAUUCCAGUGGUGGUUUUUCCGAUAUUGUCGUUUAACUGUUUUCCCAAGAUCUUCAGAAACACAUCCAAAGCGGUUAUAUCGGCGAUUUGUGAUGUGGCCUUGGAGCUGAGAUAAGAGAUGGUCCUACCAAAGAGAGGAAUGUUCGGUCACCGACAUCCUAAGACAACAACGAGUAUGCCAAUCGGAAGGAUUGAGGUGACUUCCUGAACAUGCUCAGAGCAGAAGUGCCAGAGCAUAAUAAUCUGAAUUUUUCUUGCAGCAAUUAUUUGAUACUUGCUGUGCUUCUCCAUUUUCUGCCAUGUCAAAUGCCUCAAAAAGUUUCGUUGCAUCUGAUAAAUAUGAAAGAGUAGGACCUGAUUACUUUGGCUAUUACUCUUCUGAAGUAGUAAAUUUAUUGUCACAAGAUGAGGAUGUUUUUCCUGUUUCUACCCAAACACCUGAGCUACCUGAAAGCAAAUAUGAAGAGGGAAGAAAGAAGAAUUUAGUCAAUCAGAGUGAUAAUUGUUCUGGUCCGUUGUAUAGUAAUGCUGUUGGAGCUUGCCUUUCAGACUUUAAAAAGGACAGAUUAAAAUCACUGCUCAGACAGAGUGUCAUUGCUCUUUCGUCCGAAGUUGAUCAGGUGGUAGACCCUGUUUUUGCAGCAUAUCAUUUGCAAGCAAACCUAAAAAGUAAAUCACAAUCAUUGAAUGAUACAGCGACUGCAUCUGACAAUGUAGUGCAAGUUCCUUGUAAAAAGCUAAAGAUGUCCUCAUCUUCAUCUUCAGACAGGUUUCUUGAACAAGCUACUAAUGUCAAUCCCCAAUGCAGUAGGAAGGAUCCCAAAUCGCACUACUUCUUGGGUUUGCCCCAAUCGGAAUACCUAAGUAAGGAAAAGACUACUGAUGAUAUUCAGUUCCUACUAGAGAAUGAUAAUGUGGAGGUUGCAGAGAUGGUGACCGAAUAUGCCAAUGAUCUAUCUGGAACACUAGGGUAUAUGGAAGAACAACUUGAGUUGCUUCUUGAUACUAUAAUGUUCAAGUGCAGGUCCAUGACCCUUGCUGAGAAACAAAGGCUACAAAGUUUAAUUCAGAAGCUACCAGCAAGAAAUCUUGACCGUGUAGUGGAGUUAAUUUGGCGAAAUAGGCCAAUAGAAGAACAAAAUUGUGACAAAAUAUUUGUUGAUUUGGAAAAAGAGGAUGAUGCUACACUCUGGAGACUCUAUUAUUAUAUUGAAGCUGUUGAGAAAGCCAAAAGUCUUUCUUGUAGUCAAGAGGCCUAGUUUUCUAAAUGCUUUAAAAAGCCUCUGAGCCUUAAUGAUAGUUCAUUAGAGCUCUCAGGUUUUUCUGAUCUUCCUAACUCUAAAAUUUAGAGUUUAGAGUUUAGAUUAUACAGAUUUUCAAAACGCUUACCUCUGUUGCGACAACAGGGAUACUAUAGUUCAUCGACUUGAGUUAAAUGCCCUAUACCUGAAAUGUAUAGCAUUUAGUUUUUUUUCCUUUUCUUCUCUUGACAUGUAUAUCUUGAGAAGUUAGUCACCAAAUAUGUAUCAUCCCAGAUUGUGAUAGGAUAUAUGUUAUGAGUCGGAAUUGCAUCUUGUAUUGAUAGCAAAACGUGACGUGAGAUAUAUUCAAGAGAAGAAUGAUAGUUCUUCAAAUUUUUUAACUACUGGUUACUUUUUCCUUUG